AUGGAUGCUGAUGACACGCGAGCUCGGGUCUAUGCCCAGUGGGGUGACAAUGAGGACGACUUGCAGUGGGCAAAAAAAUCAUGCCCGGUGGACUGCAUUUCCUGGGUCUCCCGUCAAGAGCUGCAAGUGCUUGAGCAUGUGACUGCGGAGCACAUGUUUGAGACCACCCCAUGCCGGUUCGAAAGGAGGAACAAAACUCUCAUGCUCCUUAUCUGA